GAGCACCAAUUUGAAUUUCUCGCUGGCGAGGGUUUAGGGUUUCAAAUCGCUUCUAUUCGAAUUUCGAGCAGCUCUGCGCUCUCAAACACUCUCGCUCUUCAGUCUGUGGGGGUGGGAAGCUCAAUUAAUUCCCUCCUACUUGGCUACUUCAAAUCCCUAAUCGGAGAUCUCAGGUGCCUUGUUCCCCCAAUUCCCAGAGAAGGAAAACAAAUAAUAAUUGGGAAUUUCUUAUGGAUUUUUCAAAGGUUGAUUCUUAAAGAUAGAGGUAGGAUGAGCACCACAGUACAUAGAACUCCCAAAUCCAGUAGGCAGUCAUUGUUUUUCCAAGAUUUAGCUUCACCUGUAUCGUCCAGGAGAGGAAAAAAUUCAACUCCAGGCCAGGCAGCUGCGGUCUCUACUCUAUGGCGCGAGAGUGGUGGAGGAUCGAACCUUCCACCACCUCCGCUUUACACGUUGGAAGACCGCUUGGACUUCUCCCCUGAAUCCGGAAUUCCAGAUUACCCAUUAUCCCCAGAAAUCAAGUCGGAUCCUAGAACUCCGGUGCACAGUUUUGGACGUGAUUCCUCGACUCCAGUGAAGGGAAAAUCAGAGGCAAGCACUUUGUAUGCUCUAUCAAAUGGACAGCAUGGCCAACAGGGUUCAGUGAGUAUGAGUUGGUGGUCACCCUCGAAGAGUGGUGGUGAGCAAGAAGAGAAGGGAAAGAAUUCACCAGUGGAGGGUGUUGUUCAGCCUCUUGCUCUGAUCACUCUUCCACCUCCAAGGGAAGUUGCAAGGCCAGAGAUGCAAAGGAAUACCUUGCCUACAGGGAACAUCAACGAAGAAGAAUGGGUAACUGUUUACGGAUUCUCUCCAGCUAAUACAAAUUUAGUCUUACGAGAGUUUGAAAAAUGUGGAGUGAUUUUGAAACAUGUUCCUGGUCCAAGAGAUGCCAACUGGAUGCACAUUCUAUAUCAGAGUUACUCUGAUGCUCAGAAGGCUCUCAGCAAGAAUGGGAUGCAAAUUAACGGGGCACUAAUUAUAGGCGUGAAGCCGCUGGAUCCAAUGCAACGCCAUGCAUUAAAUGAAAGGGUCAACAAUCAGGGUUUCAUGACAUUUCCCCCUCAACCGUCCAUGAAACAUGCAGAGGUGAAUGCUUCAAGAGCCCCCCCUCGUCCUUACUAUCUUCAAAACGGUAAUACCAGUGCGCAGAAAUCUGGAGGUGCAAUUGCUUCCCCAGCAAAGUCAUUGGUGUCCAAAGUCAUGGAUUUAAUGUUUGGUAUGUAGAAUUUUGUGGUAAGAAAAUGUAAUUGUUGGUUAAAUUUUUCAGUUAAAACGUGAAAGAGGUGUCGUAUCGCUAAAUCAUUUUUUUUUUCACGCCAGCAUUUUGAGGGAAAAUAUACUUUGUGAUUUGCCGUUGAUGUAUUAACAAGUGGUUUAACUUAUUA